AUGAGGAGGAUUGUUCUUCAUUAUUUUGAUAUGUAUGCAAGGGCUGAGACUUCAAGAAUGAUUCUCAAUUAUGUGGGCGCCCCCUUUUUGGAUCUUAGAUAUGAUAUGAAUACCGAAUGGCCUGAUGCUAAGAAUGAUGAAAAGUUUGAAAUGGGAAAAUUGCCUUGCUUGGAAAUAGAUGGGAAAAUCUUGAUUCAAAGUGGAAGCAUAGAAAGGGGUACUUAAAAAUCGUGGAGGACCAGCCUGUCGUCUUCAUUUGUAGUCGGAUGAGGGUUUGAGGAUUUAUGGAAGGGAGAACAGCAUGGGGCGAGAGUGUCAUCCAGGUUUUACUUGGUCUGAUUGGGCGAUAUGCCGGGCUGACCAUAUCUAGAGCAAGAUUUUAUCUCAAGAGACGUAGAGCUUGGAAGUUGAAAGGGAUAAUCCAGCAAGUCUAUGGGUGUUCGUUUGGCCAAUUAGGCAAUUUCCCAGCACGAUACCAGGAGCUGCGCCCUGGUCUAUAAGUUUCAUUCUUGCCGAUAGCCAGAGCCGAAAAUUUUAUUUUGGCGUAUGGCACGAUUACCAGCAUCUUUAUCUCCUAGUAACGCAUGCCUUUACGCAGUGGAAUCGGACUGGCAAACAAGAGCUGGAGCGAAAAAGACGUGAAAAGCUGAUAUGGCUGGUCUGGAGCUAAAAAAAUAAUAGUUAAGGGAGCAUAGAAAGAUUUUUAUGUAGAGAAUUUGGGCUCUACCCAAAGGAUAACUAUAGCAUUUAUUUAACGGAGUCUUUAAGAGACAUUAAGGAAGAUUUCUUCAAUAAUAGAUUGAAAUACCUCAUGGUUCUCAAAGAUCGUGCAGGGUGGGACAAAUGGUCUGAAGAAGAGUUGCCAAAAAUGCUAAAAGCAAUAGAAAAGCGAUUUAUUGCAAAUGGAAAUAAAAAUUUCUUUGUAGGGAGCUCGCCGACAUUAGGAGAUUUUGCUAUUUUUUUUAUGGUCCAUGAUUUUAUGAUUAGAAAAAAAGCUCCAAAAAGAAUGUCAGAAAUUCUUAUUUCCUCUGCCCCAAAAUUAAUAGAUUUUGCAGAGAAUUUUAAGAAUACUUCGCCUUUGUUUUUAGAUUACAUGGAAAAUCGAGAAGAUUUACCAUUUUAA